UCGACGCUCUUCGUCGUUUCGUUUCAUUUGAUCGUCAUCAACAUUCUCCUUCAAAUCCUAUCAAGACCCAUUUCCACAACCGAAAUCCAUCAUGAAUCACCUAAACCCAACCCCAAUUAUCCUCUCAGUCGCCCUCGCUUUCCUCACGAUCAACCUUCACGCAUCGCAGCCGUCUAUUUACGACCACCUCAAAUCUCACGGCCUCCCCAUCGGCCUCUUCCCCAAGGGCAUCACAGAUUAUUACGUCGACCCAGCUUCCGGCUUCUUCCAAAUCAACUUGACUCAGCCUUGUAAUGCCAAGUACGAAAAUCAGCUUCACUACGAUUUUAAUGUGUCCGGGCAGUUGAGUUAUGGGAAGAUCGGGGAAUUAUCCGGUGUGACACAGCAAGAACUUUUUUUGUGGUUCCCCGUUAAGGGGAUACGUGUCGAUGUCCCGAGCUCCGGGCUGAUUUAUUUCGAUGUUGGGGUUGUUGACAAGCAGUUUUCGCUUUCAUUGUUUGAGUAUCCUCGUGAUUGCACGGCGGUUGAUCCUGAUGAUCAUCACGAUCAUGAUGAUGAUGAUCAUGGUUCUAAGCAAUUUCAGGAUAACUCUAUGAGUCUUGGGUUUGAAGUCGGUCAGGGAGACAAACUAAGGGCUGUUUCAUAAAUUUCAAAGGCGAAGGAAUUAUUCAUGAUCCCAUGGGUUUUGGCUAUUGCCUAAAGAGACUUCUGGUGUGGUCACUUUGGCAAGUUAUAUGUUUCCUUUACGUGUGCCUGUUUGCUUUGCUGUACAGACUUUUUGGGCCAAUGGUGCUAGCUUUGCAGGAUAAAAGUACUACAAUUUUGGUGAACGAAGAGGAAAAUUUGUAAGGUAAUGUAAAUUGGGGUGAGGUUUCAGUAAAAUGGUGAGGCUGGUUCUAGCUUAUAAUAAAUUCACUAGGAAUCACCUCUGUUUGUUGUUAUUUGUUAACAUACAAUAUGCAUAUAAAUGAAUUGAGUGUCAGUAUUGUGUUUUA